AAAGCGAGCAAAAGAAAAGAGAGAGCUGAGGGCUAGGGUUCAACUUCCCCGGCGUCCUUCUUCUCCGAGAUCGGCUUCUGCUCCUUUGAAUAAUCAUCGUCUUCUACUCCGAUCUGCUUUCUAUUCAGUCUUGUAAAAAUGGCCGAUACCGAAGAUAUUCAGCCCCUUGUUUGUGACAAUGGAACCGGGAUGGUGAAGGCUGGGUUUGCUGGUGAUGAUGCUCCCAGGGCAGUCUUUCCAAGUAUUGUUGGUAGACCACGACAUACUGGUGUUAUGGUAGGAAUGGGCCAAAAGGAUGCCUAUGUUGGAGAUGAAGCACAAUCAAAGAGAGGUAUCCUUACCUUGAAGUAUCCCAUUGAGCAUGGUAUUGUCAGCAACUGGGAUGACAUGGAAAAGAUUUGGCAUCAUACUUUCUACAACGAGCUUCGUGUUGCUCCUGAGGAGCAUCCCGUGCUUCUCACGGAGGCACCUUUGAAUCCUAAGGCCAACAGGGAGAAGAUGACUCAAAUCAUGUUCGAAACCUUUAAUGUUCCUGCCAUGUAUGUUGCCAUUCAGGCCGUUCUUUCUCUUUAUGCCAGUGGUCGUACAACCGGUAUUGUGCUGGAUUCUGGAGAUGGUGUGUCGCAUACAGUGCCAAUUUAUGAAGGUUAUGCUCUUCCUCAUGCCAUCCUCCGUCUUGAUCUUGCUGGCCGUGACCUUACAGAUUCCCUAAUGAAAAUCCUGACUGAAAGAGGUUACAUGUUCACCACCACUGCCGAACGGGAAAUUGUCCGUGAUAUGAAGGAAAAACUUGCAUACGUCGCUCUUGACUACGAGCAAGAGCUUGAAACCGCAAAGAGUAGCUCUUCUGUAGAAAAGAACUACGAAUUGCCUGAUGGACAAGUGAUCACUAUUGGAGCAGAGAGAUUCCGUUGCCCAGAGGUUCUGUUCCAGCCAUCAUUGAUCGGAAUGGAAGCUGCUGGUAUCCACGAGACCACAUAUAACUCGAUCAUGAAGUGUGACGUUGAUAUCAGAAAGGACCUUUAUGGUAACAUUGUUCUCAGUGGUGGUUCAACUAUGUUCCCCGGCAUUGCUGAUAGGAUGAGCAAGGAAAUCACUGCUCUUGCUCCUAGCAGUAUGAAGAUCAAGGUGGUUGCACCCCCAGAAAGAAAAUACAGUGUCUGGAUCGGAGGAUCAAUCCUUGCUUCACUCAGCACCUUCCAACAGAUGUGGAUCUCCAAGGGUGAGUAUGAUGAGUCUGGCCCAUCCAUUGUCCACAGGAAGUGCUUCUAAGUAAUGGAUUUUGUUGCUUUUGAUGGUUGAGUUCCCUUUGUUUUAGUUGGUUUUUGGUUUUCUAUUGCCCUUUUUUCGUGUUAUGUUUCAUGUGAAUUAAGACUGGCAGACGUUGGUUUAUGGGGAAAGCUGGUUUACAAAAGCAUAUCUCAUCCCUCAAGCUUCCAUGGCUGGUGCAUUGCUCCGCUCUGAUCUGCCCCAUUUGUCAAUUGCUGCCAGGGAUGUUUGUAGUUGAAGAGUGGUUGUGAUGUCUUAUUAUGAAUUAAAGCUGUCUGUCGGUCGGUCGGUCCUUUUUAAACCGUUUGUUGGCAAUAAUCAUGUCAAUAUCUACUGUAUCAGAAAUUGUGUUAGAGUCAGUUUGUGGUCAUUUUAUCAACUAUAAGGAUUCUAUUUAUUGCUGCGUUUACU